ACCUCUGAGCCAAUCGGAUGAAGAGAUUUCCCCCCUAGCGGGCGGGUCUUACCCAGCGCCAUUUUUGCUGAGAACAGAGAAAACGAGAGGCAGACAUCUGUCUUGCUUUAGUGUGUCGCUAGACUUCUGCCUUCUUCCUUGCUGGCCCACAGGAGGAGGGAUGAGGGAUGGAGUGCUUGUAGCGUUUAUUCUCUCUGUUCCACCACAACGAGCUGUAGGCCCACGGAAAGCAGGAGGCGGUGGUAACACUUCUGCCAUGAGAUGCAAAGCAGGAUACUAAUGUCUGCAGAGCAGGACACUUGUAGCCUUUCUGCAGCUAUUCCUAUUCACUUCUUCCUUCGAUAACCUUAUACUUUCAUCUCUACUGCUGUCUUUCUUCAUUUUCUCUGUCUGCUUCUCACGCUCCUCUGCUAGGCUGCUGGGGCAAUGGAGUUCCCGCAGCAUAGUCAACAGCUCCUGGCCAGCCUGCGUGCCCAGCGCCUGCAAGGAUUUCUCUGUGACUGCACCGUCCAGGUGGGCGCCACCCGCUUCCUGGCCCAUCGCGCCGUUCUCGCUUCCUGCUCACCCUUCUUCCACAUGUUCUAUUCAGAGCAGCCGUUAGGCAAGAGGGAGACAGUCACCAUCAAUGGGGAGAUUGUUACCCCGCUGGCCUUUGGGCUGCUUCUGGACUUCAUGUACGAGGGUACCUUAAAGCUGGCCGCCCAGCCACCGCCGGAGGAUGUGUUAGCUGCCGCAAGCUUCCUGCAUAUGAACGACAUCGUACGCGUCUGCAAGAAGAGGCUGCAGGGCCGGGGACUGGCCGAGGCGGACAGCACCAAGGCCGAGGAGGAGUGCAUAAUAGUCGGGGGAGGUGUGACGGGGAUUAGUGUGACCCCCCGGGGUGGCUCUGGAGAGGAUUCUGGGGGAGGUGGACCUGAGGGAACGACUUCUUUGACUAAGGCAACAGCAGUAUCUGUGCCCCCGUACCCCCUCCUCAACCAGUUUGCCCCUCAUGGACCAGAAAGCAAAAUAGAUGAGCGUGAGGAGUCUCCCAGUCCCAACGAUCCUGUCAAAUCUGGCUCAGCCAGUCCAGACCUAGCAGAUACCACCCAGCCUGGCAUGGACUCUCACCCUGCAGGGAUUGGUUCGGUGUGUGCUGCAGUCCGGCCUCGCAGCAAUGGGGACACCGCCCUAGCAAGUCCCUGUAGCUCCACUGAGUUGUACGCUAACAACCACCCAUCCUCUUCUUCAUCCUCGUCCCUUAUACCGCUUCCACAUCGCUGCACCAUCUCCGAGACACAAAGCACCUGGGCCACAGCUGUCACACCGACUCAAACCAGCAACGAGAGCCCCGAGCGCGGGGGUCCGGCGAUCUCCAGCGAUGGUACCACGGAGGGAAGUGGUGCUCAGACGUCGUUGCCGAAGCCGGUAACGGCUCAUCUCUCAUCGCAGAGCCCCCCAGAGCACCAGCUACAAGUUCAGGCCCAAACUCUGACCGAGGAAAUGACACCGGGGCAAGAACGAGCAUGUACAAGUCAGGAAGUGACUGUGGGUGACUUGCAGAUUGUGAUGAGAGAAACGACCACAGCAAGAGGGGGUGAGGAAGAAGAGCUGGAAGAUGAUGGGUUGAAGGUGAAAGUGAAGGUGGAGGCUAUCGUCAUUUCUGAUGAAGAACUUGAUGACAUGGAGGGGAUGCUGGACAGGGAAGGGCGGCGAGGGACAGAUGGGGUUGAAGGUGCUGAAUUUGAAGAGAAUGAGCAAGUGUUCCUGCCCCACCCCUCACUCCUACACCUGCCUCACCACCAUGAGACACUGACCUUCCCCCUCUCGCCCCAGGGCCCCAAUACCUCAGACUCCGCCUCAUUCUCGGCCACCCUAUUCCCAUCCACUUCACACCACCAGCACUCCCAGCAAGCCGACCAGCCAGCGAUGUACUUUCAGGACUUCCAGGACCCUCUGGGCCCCUACGUGGAGGACGUCCCCACCUGCACUACCUGUGGCAAGACGUUCUCCUGCGCCUACACCCUCCGGCGACACGCCAUCGUGCACACCCGCGAACGGCCCUACGAGUGCCGCUAUUGCUACCGUAGUUACACGCAGUCUGGUGACCUCUACCGCCACAUCCGCAAGGCGCAUGACCAUGGACUACCCGCCAAGCGCAGCCGCGUGGACCCAGAACCUCCAUCCACCCAGCCUCCACCGCAACCACCUCCCCAGUCCUAAAGUCUUAGGGCAUCAUAAGGGUGGGGUCAGAAGUUUGAUUAUCACAGGUACUGAUGUAACCAGGAAGUGAAUGGAUGACAUGGGAGUAAAGAGACAAUGGAUUGUACAACGGUGGUUUGGAUUGGAAUUUAAUAAUAAGCCAGCUGUGUCUUUCAGGUGUGUUCGUUUUAUAAUGUAGAGUACCAAAAACUAGACACAAAUUGAGGAAAUCUAGAGCACGUCAGUUGCCAAACUACUUUGUCUGAGGGUACGCAACGCAGUAGACAAUACCAGAAUAGUUUGGAUAGGUUCAUCGCACCAGUUUCCCCAGUCACUGGUGUAGCGGGGCGGGGCAAUUCGCAUGCGCAUGGGCCACAGGUCUGCGUAUUUUAGAUGCCUUUUAAUUGGUGACUUAACGGCUGACGCAGCAGUUGUGAAGCCUGAUUGUCCACAUGAAAUGAAAUCCAGCCCAGAACCCUGUACAAAGCAGUACAGUUGGGAGAGUAUUUAAAAUGCAAACAAAAGCAGAAAGCAGUGAUUUGUAUAUUCUUCUUGACCUCUAUUAAAUCGAAAGCAGACAAAAAGACAAAAAAUGUUGUUUUACCUUAUCAGCUUUGUCUUUUUGCUGAUAUAUGCUCGUGUGAAUUUGGUGCCUGUAACAUGAUCCGAAACAGUUGAGAAAGUGUGGUGUAAGACUAGGAACAUUGUGGAAUGUGCAGCAAAAUGUCUUGAAGAGAUACAAAAUCCUAGACUUCUUAACUGUUCCUCUUUGAGCCUUUUGCGGAUGCGGCUUUUAUAUGCAAAUAGUGUCACCAGGUGACCCCUUUCGCAAUGAGCAUUUAUUUUCCAAAAAGCUAGUAAGGAUUAUAGAUAAUUCAUCAAUUUUCACGUCUUUUCAAACAGGUCAAAGAAAAUGUACAAACCACUGCUUUAUGUAGAAAUGUUAGAUAGGUUCUUGAUGUGAAGUUCUGGUUUUCUACGUAAACAGUUGUGCAAAAGUUUGAAUACAAUAACUUAUCCCUAAACUUUUGCUGUGAAAAGGUGUACAAUGCUGUAUUAUAAAUAUUUAUACUUUUUUAUGUUUUCAUCAAUGAAACGUUAAAUAAAUGUUUAUGAUUAA